AUGGCCCCGCAAGAGCCCGCCGCGGACAUGAAGGUGAAGCUGGUGUCGAUGGACGGCGAGGCCUUCGAGGUGGACGCCAAGGUGGCGGUCAUGAGCCAGCUGGUGCAGACGCUCGUGGCCGACGAGCAGGAGCAGGGCGACGAGGUGCAGGAGAUCCCGCUGCCCAACGUCAAGGCGCACGUGCUGGCCAAGGUGGUGGAGUUCUGCCAGCACCACAAGGACGCGCCCAUGGCCGAGAUCCAGAAGCCGCUCAAGAGCAACGUGCUGAGCGAGUCGGUGGACGAGUGGGACGCCAACUUCGUGGACUUCGAGCUCAUCCUGGCCGCCAACUACAUGGACAUCAAGUCGCUGCUGGACCUGGCGUGCGCCAAGAUGGCCUGCAUGAUCAAGGGCAAGACGCCCGAGGAGAUCCGCGCCACCUUCGGCAUCACGGAGGAGUUCACGGAGGAGGAGCAGCAGCGGAUCCUCGAGGAGAACAAGUGGUGCGAGGA